AGGCCAGUAGCCUGAGGUACGAGGUGGUGGAAGGUUACACACGUCUCGCUCCUCCUGUAUUGAUGUGAUAAUUCCUGAAGAUAAACAGAAUCAUGUGUAGCAUCGACCCUGAUGAAAUAACUGCCAUGGAGCGUGUCACAGGAGCACUGGACAUCAGUGGAGGAGAGGUGUUGUGCCGGAAGUGUGGGGAGUCGACAGCAGAGGUGGUGCUGAGGGUCAAGGAUGCAUAUUGCAGGCAGUGCUUCUUAUUGUAUUUUGUACACAAGUUUCGUUCCACUAUUGGCAAGUCAAAACAGAUCCAUCCAGGUGACCGCGUGCUUGUGGCCAUAUCAGGAGGACCCUCUUCGGUUGCUCUUCUGCACUUGAUACGAGAAGGCCUGAAUGAAAAUUCUCAUAAAAAGCUGCGUUUUGAACCUGCUUUUCUCUAUGUUGAUGAAAGUUGUAUUAGUGGUGAUCCCAUGAUUGGGCUAGACUAUGUACGGAAGGUUUGCAGUGAGGUCAUAGCCGUGGAUUUCCAGUGUUACGUUACGUCACUACAACAGAUCAUGUUACCAAAUUCACAUCCACCUGUUCCAUUUACCGAGGAAUGGAGUGAGGCAAAUCUUUUGAACAGCAAAAGUGCAACAGAGAAGCUGCGUGAGCUGCUUGCCUCCUGUAAAAGUGUAUCGGCUCAACAAGACCUGCAUGAACAGCUUCGACAUGAAGUUAUUGUGCAGUGUGCUCAGGAUUUACGGUACCAGAAAGUGUUCUUGGCAGAUAAUUCAACUAAAUUAUCCAUCUCAAUUCUGUCAAAUGUGGCAGUGGGAAGGGGCUCUCAGCUUUCAAGGAAAGUGCACUUUAGAUCUCUUCAUCGUGAUGUAGAGGUGUUUCGGCCUAUGAGGGAAAUCCUUGAGAGUGAAGUUCAGCAUUAUGUUCGUUUCCAUAAGCUAAAUGAACUACAGUCGCCAGUCUUUAAACCUAAGGGUACUAGCAUAGCCUCAUGCACGGAAGAGUUUGUUCGUGGCCUGCAAAAGGAGUUUCCUGCAACUGUCCCAACAAUUUUCCGCACUGGAGAUAAAUUGACAUCCAGCUCUUUGGAUAACAGUAAGCACUCGACUCCUGAUAUGAAUAGUGAUUCCACCAGUGAUACUAGAGUAGAUUUGAGCAGUAAACAUUGUGUGUUGUGCUGUUCCCCAGUAGAUACAGGGCAAGGUGAAGCAUCUGCUUUUUGUGCCACUUUGGUGUCUCAGAAGCUAUCAGCUGGUGGCUCCUUGUCACACUCCUUGCAAGAAAAUUUAACAAAUAAAGGCUCGGAUAUCAGCAGAGAGACAUUUACCGAUAUGAUGAAUGGACUUCAUGUAAAUGAUUGUUGUGAAGCGGGAGAAUCCUCUCCUGUGACUGCCGAGUCACUUGCUGAUGGCCAGACCUCAGAAUGCUGUGGUGGUAGAAAAUUGUGUUCCAGUGGAAGUAAAGAACUUGAACAGAUUACCAAGGAUGUGAUGGAACGUCAUCUGUGUUAUGGAUGCCGCAUCGUACUGAGAGAGAUGGUCGAGGUAAAUCGGCUUCCAGUGAAGAUGCGAAAAGUGGCAGCUGAGUCCGAGCGUCGCAUGCACAUGAGGGAACAAAUCCAAGAUUUUCUCCUGUAACAAGCGCCAGUGUAAAUGUAAAUGCUCCAGAAGUGUCGUCCUGUACUGCAGCCGUCGCUGUCGUGCAAGUGAGAAAUAAUUAAUAUUAUGUAAUCAAAUUUUACUAGCAUUUCCUUGUCCUCUGUGUUAACCUGUACUCAUCUAGUUGUGUUUGCGGGGGUUGAGCUUUGGCUCUUUGGUCCCGCCUUUCAACUGGUGGAUUCAACUACAGAUUCCUGAGCCAAUUGGGCUCUAUCAUAUCUACACUUGAAACUGUGUAAGGAGUCUGCCUCCACCACAUCACUGCCUAAUACAUUCUGUUUGUAUUCUAACACUAACAAAAAAUUCUUUCUAAUGUCACUAUGUAGCACAUAUUCUUUCUAAUGUGUGUUGCUGUUAUUGUGAGCAUUGAAUACUAUAUCCAUUGUGUUGCUAAAAACUGCACUCUCUAUAUAUUUAAGUAGGCUGUGCCUUUUCUCAUUCAAUAUAACUUAAGAAUUGUAAAUCACUUCAUAAAUUUCUUUUAACAUUUCAAGUAUUAAAAUGCUUACUUCU